CUGAAAACCAUUGACACAAAUACAGACUGUAGAAACUCAAGGAGAUGGAGCCGCAGAGUGAGGUGAAUCCCAAGCGGGUGGCCGCCUUCUUCCGGAGAAGCAACAUAGGACCCGUGUGCCGGGUGCAGUCCAGUUCGGACAUGGAAGCCUGGCUAGCCUCAAGGGCGUACUUUACACUGAUCACGUACUUGAACGAUGUGAGCGCCGAGAUACAGGGAAUCCGGAACACCGACUUGUUUCCAAUCAGUAAGAACAUCAAGCGACUGACGACCAUCUUCGAACAGCUGGACUCCAUGAUUGUGGCCAAUUCUCCGGCGCCGCUCGUUCUAGGUGCCAAUAUGGAUUCACGAACCAAGAGCUACAGACGCUGGGCGCACGGCAUGCUAAGGGACAUAUACAAGAUUGUGGAGAAGGCGGUGCCCUCCAGCAAGUGCAGACACGUCAACGAGCUGGGCGUGUAUUUAUCGGGCUCCUUCGGCAGCUCCGCCAAAAUCGAGUACGGGACCGGGCACGAGCUGAGCUUCCUGUUUUUCGUGUGCGCCCUCUUUAAGGCCGAGAUCCUCGAUAAGGAACAGGACCUGGCCGCCUCGGCUUUGGUUCUAUUCGAUCGCUACUUGCACUUUGUGCGCCGCCUGCAGGUAACCUAUUCCGUGAACUCGUCCAACUGGCAUGGUGGAUACUCGCUGGAUAAGUUUCAGUUUGUGCCAUUCGUUUGGGGAUUCGCACAGUUGUGCCACGAGGCACCUUUCUCCCCAAAAAAGAUGCUGGACGAGGACACCAUUGCCAAGUACAGGGACGCGUACAUGCUGAUCAAUUGUGUGGGCCACAUGGCAACCACCAACGUCGGCACCUUUGCCCGCCACUCCAGCCAGCUGUGGAGUCUGGCCGCCCUGUCCUCGUGGACGAAGAUCCAUCGUAGUCUGAUGUUCAUGUACAUGGAGGACAUCCUUAUGGACAUUGACAACCUGAAUGCCCUGCGCUUUGGUGAACUGAUGUCCUUCGAGGAGGACAAAUCUGGCCGGCAUCUGGGAAGCGCUCGUAUGGGAGUGAAGUCUCCGCUGCGCCGACAGAUGGCGGAGGAUCCAGACGACCAGGAUCAGGACCAGGACCUUACUUCGAGAAGCGGCACCCCCUCCAUUUCCAGAUCGGAACAGAACGAUAGUGCCAGGAAGAAGGCCAAAGUGGAGGAGACCUCCAGCGACUGCAUGUCCAACAGUGGCCUCUCCCUGGGCAGCGAAUGUACAUCUCUCAGCGGCGUUAGUGUCCAUCUGCCCACUUGGUUGGAUGAUUGUACGGCCACCAGCAAGAACGCGUUUUAAAAUUAGGGGUUUUGUGAUUGGUGCAAUAUCUAAAUAUUCAAAAUCGAAUGCUCUAUCAUAGUCAAUUUUUCGUUUGCAAAGUAUCUGUUUGUCAAUAACUAUAAGCACAUUUAUCCAAUAGUAAACAAUGAUGGCAAAUACUAUACCGAAAUGAAGAAAUAUUCCAGCUUCGUGUAAUGCGAAUAUUAUGUGUGUCAUCUGCACGAAUAUCCGGAAGCAACAUCAGCAAUCUGCAAUGUGCAGCAUAGCAACGACGUCAAGAGACCGCAGAUGGCAUACAUGGGUCCAAAGAUCAGCAGACCACGAAACCGACUUCCAUCAUGCGAGGCAAAACAGCAGCCAACUGGAAUGCAGUGGCCUGGCUAUGUGGCACAAGCUUAGUGUGUAUCCGCCAGGAAUAUAACGCAUACGCCGCGUGAGCCACCGAAGAGCUCGAGGACAGCGGGCUGGCGACGGCGAUGGCGAUGGGGAUGACGAUGAAGUGCGAAGGCAUUUAUGCCACUGCAGAGAAGAAAGCAAACUCUGGGUUGGGGGACUAGGGGAGUGACGCGACUCAAGUGACUCGACCAAAAGCGGAUUACCAACGCGACUUGAGUGACUUCCCGAGCAGGAGGUGGCAAAACAGCUAGAGUGGCAACAAUUGAAGCGGCGGUAACAGCAACAGCAACAACAGCGCCGCAGCAGAGGCGUGUUGGGAAAAUGGAAAUGAAAAUGAAACAAGCUGCGUAUUGAUUUUUCCUCUUCAGCCCCAUCGCUUAACUCAACUCCCUGGCGUUGUGACGUCAAUGGGCCACCAGCACGCGCCAACAUAGCAAGGGGAUGGAACUCGGUGGGGAGGACAAUUGGGAGGCCCACUACCUGAAAUCCUUGGCAGGCCGCAAUCGUGCUAACCAAAUGUAUCGAAGGGGAAUGCUCUGGGUGAACCAAGCGGGCAUCCCUCACAUUCUUUGUGGAUUAGAAUUCCCCAAUUUACAGUAAAUACAUACGUUGAAGCCUCGAUGUUGGCCAAGUGCGUAUAAAACUUGAUUUAUAGCAGACGGCAAUAAACUGACGAUGGUCAAAAUUCUAACGAUUUAC